CUUUUUAAAAUUUGAAUGAAUUGGAAAGGAAAUUCCUUCACUAAUAAACUAAAAGUGACCGACCAGAAAGCCCCUCUUUCUCUCUCUCUCUGUGGAGCUAUACAUACAUACGCGCCGUGUAUCUAGCUCUGUCUAUCUAUCUCUCUCUAAAGUGACGCGGUUGCAGCAAUGUGUUGCUGACCUAACGUUUCUUUCUCCACUUCUUUAACUUCGUAGUUGGCUUCUCUUGCCGUUUCCCCAAACACACAAGAACCCAUUGUUGUUUUCUUAAAUGUGUCGCUUAGCGAUCACAAGCUGUUGUUGAGCUACAUGUUUCAAGUUUUCUUUCCCGAAAACACCGUGAAAUUCAAAAAAAUGAAAAGGGCGAAUUUGGACCUGUUGUUUUCAGUGAGCCGGAAGAGAUCAAUUCGCGUGCUGAUUCUCUUGGGGCUUUUCUACAUACUCUUCGUGUGCUGCGAAUUCCCAUUCGUCUUCAAAAACGGUGUCGCUUCAGAGAAGUUGUUCAACACCAACGACGGCUUCUUCAAUUCCAAGCCUUUCCUGCUCGAGAGCGAGGAGAAUCUGGAGGAGAAAGAGGCCCCCCUUCGCCCCCUCGAUUUUCCCUAUCAAUCACUGCCCGACAGAAAAAUCAACGAAUUCGCUAAAACCCCUCUUUCGAGCUUGAAUUUCACCGCCGGCAUUGCGAAUUCGAGCUCCAAAGGCUCGAUUUUGAAGUCCGCGAACGAUGCCCUUGAGCUCGGCCGGAAGCUGUGGCGGGAGCUCGAAUUGAUCGGCAAGAACAGUAGUAGUAAUAGGGGAUUUAGCGGCUUUGCUGGUUUGAAUAAGAGUAGCAACAGCGGCAGCUCUGAGCUGUGCCCGCAUUCGAUAUCUGUUACAGGGGAUGAGUUCUCGAAGAAUAGGAGGUUGAUGAUGCUGCCUUGUGGGCUGACACUAGGAUCGCACAUAACGGUGGUGGGGAAGCCGAGGGCGGCGCACGCGGAGACGGACCCCAAGAUUUCGCUGUUGAAGGAGGGGCAGUAUUUGAUGGUUUCUCAGUUUAUGAUGGAGUUGCAGGGGCUCAAGACUGUGGAAGGGGAGGAUCCGCCGAGGAUCCUCCACUUCAAUCCGCGGCUGAAAGGGGAUUGGAGCGGGAAGCCGGUGAUUGAGCACAACACUUGUUACAGGAUGCAGUGGGGGACCUCGCAGAGGUGCGAGGGCUGGAAGUCUCGCGCUGAUGAGGAGACGGUUGAUGGAUUGUUGAAAUGUGAAAAGUGGAUACGUGAUGAUGAUAAUGGGUCAGAGGAGUCGAAGGCAACAUGGUGGUUGAACCGGUUGAUAGGAAGAACCAAAAAGGUGACUGUAGAUUGGCCAUUCCCUUUUGUGGAAGAAAAAUUGUUUGUGCUCACUCUUAGUGCUGGUCUAGAAGGAUACCAUGUCAAUGUUGAUGGAAAGCACGUCACCUCCUUUCCCUAUCGAACGGGAUUUGCCCUUGAGGAUGCCACUGGAUUAACUUUGAACGGGGAUAUUGAUGUCCAUUCCAUCUUUGCUGCUUCGUUGCCCACAACUCACCCCAGUUUUGCUCCACAAAGGCAUCUGGACUUUUCCGAGAGAUGGAAAGCUCCCCCUCUUCCAAAUGCACCCGUUGAACUAUUCAUUGGUGUCCUUUCAGCGGGCAACCACUUUGCUGAACGGAUGGCUGUGAGGAGGUCUUGGAUGCAGCACAAGCUUAUUAAAUCUUCAGAUGUUGUCGUGCGUUUCUUUGUUGCUUUGCAUGGAAGAAAGGAAGUAAACAUAGAAGUGAAGAGAGAAGCUGAGUUUUUCGGGGACAUUGUAAUAGUUCCAUAUAUGGACAACUAUGACCUUGUUGUUCUGAAAACAGUUUCCAUCUGCGAAUAUGGGGUAAGGACUGUAUCUGCGAAGUAUAUCAUGAAGGGUGAUGAUGACACUUUUGUGAGGAUAGAUGCAAUUAUUAACGAAGCAAAGAAAGUUCCAGAGAACAAGAGCUUGUAUAUUGGAAAUAUAAAUUACUAUCAUAAGCCCCUCCGCAGUGGUAAAUGGGCAGUCACAUACGAGGAAUGGCCGGAGGAAGACUAUCCACCCUAUGCAAAUGGACCUGGCUACAUUAUCUCAUCCGACAUUGCAAACUUUAUUCUUUCCGAUUUUGAGAAACAGAGAUUAAGGUUGUUUAAAAUGGAAGAUGUUAGCAUGGGAAUGUGGGUGGAGAAAGUGAAUAGCUCGAGAGCAGUAGAGUACGUUCACAGCUUGAAAUUCUGCCAAUUCGGGUGCAUAGAAGAUUACAUAACGGCGCAUUACCAAUCACCAAGGCAGAUGAUUUGUCUUUGGAACAAACUAAGACAGGUAGGACGGCCCUUGUGUUGCAACAUGAGAUGACGAAGCGCACUAGCAUCAGCAGCAGCAAGGUAGAACCUGUCUAAAAAUGGAAAUGAUCAAAUUUUGCAGAGGAAGUAUGAAUACUGUAAAUCAAUGUUGUGAAAUGGUUGGAGCUGAUCGUGGCCCCGGCCCCUCUGAAAUCGUUACAUUCGUUCUUUGUACUGACUUUCUUUCUAGGUAUCAUCUGAGGAUGGCGAAAAUAUACAAGGGGACGCUCCGUCCCUACCGUACCUUAACUAGGCAGCACUACUCUGAGAUUGUAUAGAUUUGCUGUGUAUUAGCAAUUUUGUUGCACUAACAUAAUCGCCUUCUUAAUCCAAUACUUCAUUUCUCUCUUUCCUCAA